UUAAAUCAGCUGGGUUUUUAAAGUCAAACUGACAGCUGGCAACAAAAACACUUGGUGUGUAGAACUGCUGGACAAUUUUUGUGAUAAAUUUUGCAAAUAAAAUACAGCAACAAUGGGCGGCCAUGGACACGGUGAACCUUACAAAGUACCAGAUGCUUCAACAUACAAAGUAGAAAGUGUUGCCAAAUUGGUGGAAGUGAAAGAGGCUUUGGCCAGACAAGGUUUAAAAGAUCCUUGGUUGCGUAAUGAAGUCUGGCGCUAUGAUGUCAAACAAUUUGGAAGCCACGCUACCCGUUUUAGAGCAUUUAUGAUGCGUGGUUUUGUUUUGGGUUUGGGCCUAACAGCUGUCACCGUUGCUUGUGAAACUUUGUUGGGUGGCGAUGAUCAUCAUGGUCAUGGACACGAUGAACACCAUUAGGAAAUUAUUUAUCAAUAAGUAAAACACUUUAAAUAUUUUUAGUUUGCUUUUAAAACAACAAUAAAAUAACCAAUGUGAAAAUGAAACAUAAUAA